UCAGUUCGCCUGGGGUAGAGAAGAGCGGGAGGCAGCCCGAAGCCCCGACGCGCGCACAGCCACCCGGGCGCCGAUGGACGGCUGGGUGCCGGCGCUGCUGGCGCUCGCGGCGCUCCUGGCGACGGCCGCGGCCGCGGUCGCGCUGGCGAGGAGGCUGGCGCGCGCCUUCCGCGCGGACGACGACGACGACGAGAGAAGCGAGGGACGCAAACUGCCCGUCUGCGGCAAGGCCGUCGUCAUCACAGGCUGCGACUCGGGCUUCGGGAAGGCGACGGCCCGCCACCUGGACCGCUUGGGCUUCCGGGUGUUCGCCACGGUGCUGGACGCCGGCGGAGAGGGCGCCGCUGAGCUGCGGCGCGCCUGCUCGCCGCGCCUGGCCUUGCUGCAGCUGGACAUCACGCGGCCGCGGCAGGUGCGGCGCGCGUACGCCCGGGUUCGGGCGUGGCUGGGACCCCAAGGUCUGUGGGCGCUGGUGAACAACGCCGGCGUGUGCGUGAACUUCGGCGACGUCGAGCUGUCCCAGAUGUCCAACUUCCGCGGCUGCAUGGAGGUCAACUUCUUCGGGACCCUCCACGUCACCAAAACGUUCCUGCCGCUGCUGCGACGGGACAAAGGGCGACUGGUCACCGUCUCCAGUCCGGCCGGCGACCAACCCUUCCCGUGCUUGGCCGCGUACGGAGCGUCCAAAGCCGCGCUCAACCUCUUCAUGGACACGCUGAGGCAGGAGCUGGCGCCGUGGGGGGUCCCCGUCUCCACCAUCCUGCCUUCGUCCUACAAGACGGGUCAGUGCGGCAACGCGGCCUACUGGGAGGCCCGGCACCGGGAGCUCCUGGCCUCUCUGCCGCCGGCGCUUCUGGAGGACUUUGGCGAGGACUACGUGGGCGAGACCCAGGAGCUGUUCCGCCACUUUGCCCUGCGCGCCAACCCGGACCUGGGCCCCGUGGUGGACGCCAUGGAGCGGGCGCUGCGGGAUCCGCGGCCGAGGGCGCGCUACUUCGCCGGGCCCGGCGUGGGCCUCAUGUACCUGGUGGGCGACUACUUUCCCGCCGCCCUGCGCAACCGAUUCCUGCGGAGCCUCUUCCUCAAGAAGAGGCUGGUGCCCCGGGCGCUCAGGAAGGAGGCCGGCGUCCUGGGGAAGGAGGCCCCUGCCCGCCGUUGCCACGACGACAACAACAACCACGAAGAGGAGGAGGAGGAGGCGCCGGCGGAUGGCGUCAAGUAGCGCCCACAAAUCGGGGGCUAAAAGAACCCGCGCAGUCGACGCCAAUCAAAGCCGGCGUCACGGCAACGCUCGUAAAUGGCAUUUCCUCCACCCGACGCAACGUUUGCAAAUCUUCCGUCCGUUCGCCGCGGGCCCCGACGAUCCGUCGUCAG